GAGGCGGCGCCGCCGGGGCCCCCGCCGCUGCCUCCGCCGGGCCGCGCCGCGCUGCCCGCCCCAUGGCGUCUGAGAGGCCGGCCCGGCCCCCAGCUCCCGGCCCCGCCGCCGCCCGCGCCUCGCAGCUGCCAAAACGUAGUACAGUGAAAUAAUGGUCUGCUAGCCUGCUAAACAAGUGUCCAGCUUCCACAAUGCCUGUGCAGGCAGCUCAGUGGACAGAAUUUCUGUCCUGCCCAAUCUGCUACAACGAGUUUGAUGAGAAUGUGCACAAACCCAUCAGCUUAGGUUGCUCUCACACUGUCUGUAAGACCUGCCUGAACAAGCUUCAUCGCAAGGCAUGUCCUUUCGACCAGACUGCCAUCAAUACAGACAUCGAUGUGCUUCCUGUAAACUUUGCACUCCUCCAGUUAGUUGGAGCCCAGGUACCUGAUCAUCAGACUGUAAAGUUGAGUAAUGUAGGAGAGAACAAACAUUAUGAAGUAGCAAAGAAAUGUGUUGAGGAUUUGGCACUCUACUUAAAGCCAUUAAGUGGAGGAAAAGGUGUUGCUAGCUUGAAUCAGAGUGCACUGAGCCGUCCAAUGCAAAGGAAGCUUGUGACACUAGUGAAUUGUCAACUGGUAGAGGAAGAGGGUCGGGUUCGAGCUAUGAGGGCAGCUCGAUCACUGGGAGAGAGAACUGUUACAGAACUGAUCUUGCAGCACCAAAAUCCUCAGCAGCUUUCUGCCAACCUUUGGGCUGCUGUCAGGGCACGGGGAUGUCAGUUUCUAGGGCCAGCUAUGCAAGAAGAAGCACUGAAACUUGUAUUACUGGCAUUGGAAGAUGGCUCUGCGCUCUCAAGGAAAGUUCUGGUACUUUUUGUUGUGCAAAGGCUAGAACCAAGAUUUCCUCAGGCCUCUAAAACAAGCAUUGGUCACGUUGUGCAGCUACUGUAUAGAGCAUCAUGCUUUAAGGUCACUAAAAGGGACGAAGAUUCUUCUCUGAUGCAACUUAAAGAAGAGUUUCGGAGUUACGAGGCUUUGCGGAGAGAGCACGAUGCCCAAAUUGUUCACAUUGCCAUGGAAGCAGGACUUCGAAUAUCACCAGAACAAUGGUCUUCCCUUCUUUAUGGUGACUUGGCACAUAAAUCACACAUGCAAUCCAUUAUCGACAAGCUCCAAUCUCCAGAGUCUUUUGCGAAGAGUGUACAAGAAUUGACAAUUGUCUUGCAGCGCACGGGUGAUCCUGCAAACUUAAACAGGCUCAGGCCUCAUUUGGAGCUCCUGGCAAACAUAGAUCCAAAUCCAGAUGCAGCAUCUCCAACAUGGGAGCAGCUGGAAAAUGCAAUGGUGGCUGUAAAGACUGUGGUACAUGGAUUAGUGGAUUUCAUUCAGAAUUACAGUAGAAAAGGACAUGAAACUCCACAGCCACAACCAAAUAGCAAAUAUAAAACAAGUAUGUGCCGAGACCUUCGACAGCAAGGGGGAUGUCCAAGAGGAACCAACUGUACUUUUGCUCAUUCUCAGGAAGAGCUUGAAAAAUACCGCCUGAGGAACAAAAAAAUCAGUGCAACAGUGAGAACGUUCCCCCUUCUAAAUAAAGUCGGCGUAAAUAGCACUGUCUCGACCACUACAGGAAAUGUAAUUUCUGUCAUAGGAAGCCCCGAAGCAACAGGGAAGAUGGUGCCGAGUAGUAAUGGAAUAGCUAAUCUAGAAAGUGGUGUUCCCCAGUUGAUCCCUCGCUGUGCAGACACCUCCUUGAGAGCUUUGGAGAACACCAAGAAGGGAGGGAAGACUGGAGCCAAUGGCCAGAAUGUUUCGGGAUCCCCUACAGAAUCACUACCUGAAAAUAAAAUUGGUUCUCCACCCAAGACUCCUGUAAGCCAGGCAGCAGCUACCUCAGCUGGUCCUCCCAAUAUUGGAACAGAAGUGAACUCUGUGCCUCCAAAAUCCAGCCAGUUUGUUCCCAGAGUACCUGUCUACCCUCCACAUUCUGAUAACGUUCAAUAUUUCCAAGAUCCCAGGACUCAGUUGUCGUAUGAAGUUCCACAGUACCCCCAGACAGGAUAUUAUCCACCACCUCCAACAGUACCAGCUGGCGUGGCUCCCUGUGUUCCUCGCUUUGUGAGGUCCAAUAAUGUUCCAGAAUCCUCCCUCCCACCUGCUUCCGUGCCAUAUGCCGAUCAUUACAGUACAUUUCCCCCUCGAGAUCGACUGAAUUCUCCUUACCAACCUCCUCCUCCGCAGCCGUAUGGACCAGUUCCUCCUGUCCCUUCUGGAAUGUAUGCUCCAGUUUAUGACAGCAGGCGCAUCUGGCGCCCACAGAUGUAUCCACGAGAUGAUAUGAUUAGGAGCAAUUCUUUACCUCCCAUGGAUGUGAUGCACUCAUCUGUCUAUCAGACAUCAUUACGUGAGAGAUACAACUCUUUGGAUGGGUAUUACUCUGUGGCUUGUCAACCCCCAAAUGAACAGAGGACUGUGCCUUUACCAAGGGAGCCUUGUGGUCACUUGAAGACUGGUUAUGAUGAGCAAUUAAGACGGAAGCCAGAGCAAUGGGCACAAUACCACACACCGAAAACUCCUCUUGUGUCGUCAGCCCUUCAUAUGGCAACACCUUCUCCAACACCACCUUCUCCUCUCUUCAGUGUAGACUUCAGCACAGAGUUCUCAGAGAGUGUCAGUGAUUUGAGUGGAACUAAAUUUGAGGAAGACCAUCUCUCUCACUAUUCACCGUGGUCUUGUGGCACUAUUGGCUCUUGUAUAAAUGCUAUCGACUCAGAGCCCAAGGAUGUGAUUGCCAAUUCAAAUGCCGUGUUAAUGGAUUUGGACAGCGGGGAUGUUAAAAGGAGAGUGCAUUUAUUUGAAACUCAGAGAAGGGCAAAGGAAGAAGAUCCUAUAAUCCCAUUUAGCGAUGGACCGAUCAUUUCCAAGUGGGGUGCAAUCUCCAGGUCAUCCCGUACAGGUUAUCACACAACAGAUCCUAUUCAGGCCACUGCUUCCCAAGGAAGUGCAACUAAGCCCAUCAGUGUAUCAGAUUAUGUCCCUUAUGUCAAUGCUGUUGACUCGAGAUGGAGUUCGUAUGGCUCAGAUUCCACUUCAUCAGCACGUUACGCAGAACGGGACAGAUUCAUAGUUACAGAUCUGUCUGGUCACAGAAAGCAUUCCAGCACUGGAGAUUUAUUAAGUAUUGAAUUACAGCAGGCCAAAAGUAACUCCUUAUUACUUCAGAGAGAGGCGAAUGCACUAGCCAUGCAGCAGAAGUGGAAUUCUCUAGAUGAAGGCAGUCGCCUUACCUUAAAUCUUUUAAGCAAGGAAAUUGAUUUGAGGAAUGGUGAGACUGAUUAUACUGAAGACUGUGCAGAUGCAAAGCCAGAUCGAGACAUUGAAUUGGAGCUGUCAGCCCUAGAUACAGAUGAACCCGAUGGGCAGGGUGAACAAAUAGAAGAGAUUCUGGAUAUACAGCUAGGUAUUAGUUCUCAAGAUGAUCAGCUGCUCAAUGGAACAACUGUAGAGAACGGGCAUCCACUAAAGCAGCACCAGAAAGAAUCUAUGGAACAGAAGAGACAAAGUUUAGGUGAAGACCUUGUGAUUCUGGAGGAGCAGAAAACAAUCCUGCCCGUAACUUCUUGCUUCAGUCAGCCGAUCACAACAUCUGUUAGCAAUGCAAGCUGCCUGCCCAUCAGCACAUCAGUCAGUGUUGGCAGCCUCAUUUUGAAAACUGCUCACAUUAUGUCUGAGGAUAAAAAUGACUUUUUAAAGCCUGUUGCAAAUGGCAGGAUGGUUAACAGCUGAAAGGCAUUCAUCUUUCCAGCUUGUGACCACACCAUGGAAGCAUUUACACUAGCUUUUUAUAUAUAUAAUAUAUAUUAUAUAAUGUAUAUUUUUUUUAAAAAAAAUAAUAUUGGGGUCAUGCAUUUCCUGUGGACUCUUUGAUACUUCAAGCCCCUCUCGCAUUAGCAUUCUGAAGAAAAAAAACUUACUUUACUAGGGUAAGGCGUUCACUUUCCACAAAUGAAUGGAAUUUGGACAUUGUUUUACUUAAGCUUAAAGCAGCUUUUUAUGAGUUUGUAGCAAUCCGGUGCGGUAUCUGAGCCAUUCUUGUUUAAAAUGGCUUCUGUAGAAAACUAACAACUCAGUUAUUUAAACUAGCAGGAUCCUACAAUGAUACAUCUAGUGAAAGGAAGACUAACUUAUUCGUCUCUAUUUUGUUUCAUGAGAGAAGAACUUGUGUCUUGUUGCAGCUGCUUUUUCCUUAGUUGUGGAACUUUGCAUGGAGUAUUGUUUCCUGUUUGAAGACUGAGAGGUGGGGAUUUGGACUUGAGACUUUUUACAGGGUUAACACACCAUUAGCUUUGCACUGCUGCGUUGUUUGCAGGUCUGUGGUGCAGUGCUUUGCUGCAGCUUUUUGUUUCCAUCCCCCCACCUAAUUUCUGCUUUAGUACUGUAGAUACACAUACACAGGCUACUUGUCCAAGUAAAGUCACCAGAAGUAAACCAAGUGCCUAAGUCCUCCAGCUAAUGUACUAGGUAUUGAUCUCCCCAAGUUAUACAUGAAACAAUUUUCAACCAUUUUGAGAGGUUAUGCACUAAUGUAACAGCAUUUUUUUUUAUUAAUAGUUCUCAACUUGCAGAUUAUAGAAUCCAGAUGACUUGGCAAAAAGUAUCAGGUGCUCUUGGCUUUCCUUUGAAAACCCUGUAUGUAGUGUUUGCACUGACUAACAAGAUGGUAUUGCUGUUUUUGUACUGUUUUGUUUUUAAUUUAAACUAAAUAUUGGGAAUUUAAGGCAGUUAUUACCUUUUGUUUAAUGUUGUUAAUCAUUAUUUUGUAUUCAGGUUUAAUUUUUGCUUAUUCAGUGGCAACUUAUUUUCAAAGACCUUGAAAAUACAAUAAUAUAGCAUUAUCUGACCUUCAGAGUACGGAACAGUGUAUGAAUUUAUGCCCUGUUAAGAUGUGACUGAGAAUCAUGUUAGACAUGUCAGCUGAAAAGAGUUUUUCAUAAAUACACACAAACUAGAGCCCUGGGCAUAUUUUUUUUAAGAAGCUUAAAAAUUGACUUUUUUUCGGAAAAGAAAGCAGGACUCUCCCUCCUGAUAAUUACUAUCUUGUUUGUCCUCUUACUUUUCUUUGUGACAAGUUUUACUUUUUUUUUUUAUGUUUUAUUAACUUCUGUGAAGUUGUUUACUCUGAAAAUUGUACUGGAAUAUUUUAAGCCAAGCUGAUCUUUCACCAGGUGUACUGCAUGUAAGGGCUUUUCCUGCUAGCAAAAUGCUUAAAGAGGAUCAUGUUACUGGUCGUCUGAGUUGUUAUUUUACAAAAUCACAGCUAUGUGGUCGGGUAAGAUUUUGAUAACUGUUUUGUGCACGUUUCUGGGGGGUGGGGGUUGGCAUUUCCCUGAGGGUUACUGAUUAGACUAAGUAAAUAUUGGUGUUUGAUAUCUCUCCUAACGAACCUGUCCAUGAAAUAAUUAUGUUGUAAAUAUACCUGAAAAUCCAAGGGUUAGUUUUGAUAUUCUGGUGUCAGUAUGGAAGAUCUUACACAUCUAUUUAAUACUCAAAUGUUAAGGAAUGUAUGUAGAAAAACAGUCAAGUAGUCUUCUAGUGUCCUCUGGCUGUUGCUGUACCUUCCUAUAGCCAGUGCCACCUCAUAGCUAGGAUUAGAUUGAUGCUUUGUUUCACUUGCAACUCAAAGUGAAUGGAUACAAGAACCAGACCACCUUUGUCACCUUAACUUAUUUCCUAUUGAUGUUAAAUUUAACUUAGAAUGUUAGACACAAAUAUGAUUGUUGUAUAUUUUAUACCAAGACCAUUCUGUAAAUAUGAAUUUAUAUUACUUUUGAAAUGCUUCUGAGAUACUAUUAUUUGCUGUACAAUGUAAUUCCAAAACAGAUAUGCAAACAAGUAUGUCUCUUUCAUGGAUAUUUAAACAGUGAGAUCUUCCAUGUUGAAGGUGAUGUAAUUUUUUUAAAAGAUUUUUAAAUUUUAAAUUGCUAUUUUGUUACAAAAAUAGAGAAAAUAUAAAGGUUUGAGAAGUCCUUAUUUGCCCUCAGGGAAAGAGCCCUCUGUGCACCAGAACUCCACAGAACAUCUUCAGCAUGAUCUGAGGGUGAAUAUAUACUACAUAAAUUGAUUGUGUAUUUACCUUAACUUUUUAAUUUUAAAAUUGCAAUUUUAAAAACUUGGUUGUGCUCUGCUGGAGGGGGAUUGGGAUAAGCUGCUUACACACAUUUGCCUGUUUGUCCAGUGAAGUUACAUAAGCCUAACAUAUUCCUGCCAACCAUAUUGGCAUAUUUAAGAACAAAUGUAUCUAUAUACUCUUGUCUGCAGCAGGAGGUCCCAUGAUAAUAGUAUUUCUCUAGGAUGACCGUACACUUCAUAUGGAAAGUUGGUUCUUAACUGAGGCUAGUUAUUUUCUCAAAUUUUUAAUAUAGAGAAUGAAAGGCAAAAAAUUACUUGGGGGUUUAAAUAGCAUGUCAGCUUUUGUCUUGCAGUUUUAACACUGACUAUGUGAUUUUUGCCAUGAAACUAUGCCCUCCAGUGCCCUGACAAGUAGAAGCUACAGGUGGGAACCUAGUUCUGGCUUUCUUCUUUGGUGGAGUUUCAUCCCUUGACCCUAUAUAAACAAGUAUGUAUUCAUUUGUCUAGUUGCAAAUCAGGUGCCUUUGGGCUACGGAAGGGCUUAUUUUCUGACACUGAGAUAUAGUGACUAAUCUUCGUGCAUUAAUAGCAGUGAUUCCCAUUUAGGUUUUGGCCUUUGCUGUCAGAAAAAAAAAAAAAAAAAAAAAAAAAAAGAAAAAAGGCCCAUAGCAGAUUGGGGAAAAGAGAUUGGCUCUUUUGCUUUGCUUGGACAAGCAUUUUUUAUUAUUUUUGGUUUUGUUUGUUUUUCCCCACCCCUGCUAGGAGUACAGCAGGGAUUUCACAUGCAAGAGAUACAGGAGUUAUUAGUAUCUAAGUUAAUUGUGUUGCCUCACUACCUGGAUUCAUUCCUUGUUUUGCCUCAUUUCCCACAUAGGUCUUAAUAGAGACUAAUGCUUGUGCUGGGAGAAUGCUUGUGUGAAAAGUAGUUAUCUGUACAUUCUUAACAUAUAAUUAUAGCAGAGUGAUCGCCCUGCUACUGAUACUUUGUUCCUGUAAACAGGUGACAAGAAAUGAAUCUUAGUGUUUAUGCAGAUUUUGCAUUGUAGAAUGUAUACUAGACCCUUCAAAGGAAAGGUUAGACUCUUUGCAAAGCAAACUGGCGUUGGUUCUUGGUAGUCUAGUACAGGGACGCUAAAGUUUGACACUUGAUUUCAAAAAAGAAAGAUUGUAUACAGCUGAUUAUGUUAAAUAAGCUCUUCAUUGCUCAUUGUAUAAGUCUAAUUUGGGAGGUUUUAGUGCUUUGAUAACAUGAUUGAGAUUUUAAUUUAUCCUGUACUCAAGAGCUGAAUGCUGUUCUUGUAUAAUAGUGUACUAGGCUGGAUGAGGUACAAAAUAAUACACAGUGGUCAUAAACAGCUGAGGAAAGAACACUUAAAAAUAACUAUCUAAACUCAGAAUAGUUCCAAACAUGUUUUUUGUUUGCUUUCUUAAAGCACAAGUUGUCAAGUUGUAACUGUUGCUGUACAUAAACACUGUAUGCCAGCAGCUCCUUGAUCAUAUUUGUGAACAGAUUUUUCAUUAUUAUUAGACUUACUAAAGGAAGAUGCUGAAUUUGAGAGUGUAACAAAAUGAGAAACGAUUGACUUAUAGUAUGUAAAAGUCCAUUCUUUAUGUUGUAGCUUAAUCCCUUUUGUUAGGAAAUUCCCUCUAAUUGAGGGACCUCUUCUGCAAGCAGAACACAAAUGUGCUUUUUAAAUGACCCAAUUUUCCAGUAUAAAUGAACAGCUAAAAUUGGCAGUAGUCGUCACUGUAUCUCUUUGCUUGCAAGGGAGCACAACGAGGGAAAAGAAGUGGCAAUGAUGGGAUAAAAACAAAUGUGAAUAUUCCAAAUUCCCUGUAUCGAACCGUAGCGCUACACCCCGUUAUUUGAGGAGUAGGUUUGUGGAAGCUUUUAAUCAGUCAAGAGGUUGCUGUAAAAGCUGAAAUAAAACAGAGCCUGCAUUCACUACUGCCAAAAGCCAGGGUCAUUUGCACAUAGCCCAUCAAUUUAUCCAGAGUAGAUCUCAGUUAAUCCAAGGCAUGGAAAUGCAUGCAUUUUCUUAGCUGGGCAAACAAGUACAUUAUACGGUAGUUGUGAUACAACACACGUGGCUUUUAUUUGUACUGCACAUACCCACUGUACAGCCACUCAGAAGUAUUGUGGUUAGCUUGCAGCAUCUGCUGUCCGCAUUUAUACUGUUUACUGCGUAUUCUUUUCCCUGGAAGUUUUAAGGAAAUUUUUUUCUUGUUGCAUUGAUUACAUUUUAUAAAUUUGCUUAGCUGGAAAGUUUGGGAAAAGAGGCCUGUUUGUCAAUUGUACAACCGAUUGUGAAGCUCUAGUGUGAAUAUUUUUACGUCUGUAUUAGACAUUUUCUUUGCAAAUCUAUUGUUCGAUUGAAAUGUAAAUGAAAUAAAAGAUGGUGUACACCCAUCAUGUAUAAAGCAGGCACCAUCGCUACGAUGGAUUUAAUGCUCAUUUUUAUGGCGCAUUCUCAGCUUCUAUUUAAAACUAUAAUUUAAAAUCUGUAAAAUGAAAUGGGGUUAUAUGGGGGAGUAAAUUCUAUUCCGUUUAUUUCGGUUUUAUUCCCGACUUGUACUGUUUCCCUUUGUGUUAGAAGUAGGGCAGGGCCCGGCGGGGCGCUCUGUGCGUGUUUGCUGUAGCACUGAAGUGAAGAGGUUUUAGCUUUGGCUGGUCACAGAGUAGAGCAUCAUGGUUUUCAGUGUUUGAGAGAAUCGAUGGAAGAAGUUUGCAGUAUUGACAUGUAUUUGCAUGCACAAAUAAAAAUUAUUUGUCCACCUUCACCGCCUCCGUGCCUCAACCCGGGGAAGGGCGGAGGGGGGGGGGGAAAGGAGGUGGUGCGGGCCCGGCUCCCCCCGCCGCGCGGGUGGUAGCGCCCGGGCGGGCCCAGUCCCUGCCCGCGGGGUGGUGGCGCCCGGGCAGGUCCAUUGGGCCUGCGGGGGGGGGAGAGGUGGUGGCUUCCCCUGCUCCGCCUCCUUCCCGGCCUGCCUCGCGCGCACUGGAGCGGCCUCGGCUGGCGGAGCCGGCACCGGCGGGACCAUGGCAGCCGCGGAGACCUCGCCGUUGGUGCCGUGAUCCGCAGCCUGCAGCUCAAAUCCGAGGUCGGAGCCGUCAGCACCGAGCGUUUGCGUGGUUUGUGUCGAACAAAAUGACUACUUUGGAUGAUAAGCUACUUGGCGAGAAGCUCCAGUAUUAUUACAGCAGUAGCGAGGGUGAGGAUGAA